CGAUUGGCCGGGAGCAUGUGGCGCGGACGGGCGCUGGCGCAGGCCGUUGGACGCGCCGCCGGGGGGCGGGCCCAGGGGGCGGCACGCGCGGCGGGCGCCGCUCAAAUGGGGCGCGCGCCCGGGCUGGGCAGCACCUUAGGCUUGAGCAUUCUAGGACGCGGCAAACAUUUUGCAAUAAUGCCUGAAAUAAAUACCAACCACCUUGAUGAGCAACAGGUUCAGCUCCUGGCAGAAAUGUGUAUUCUUAUUGAUGAAAAUGACAAGAAAAUUGGGGCUGACACUAAGAAGAAUUGUCACCUGAAUGAAAAUAUUGAGAAAGGAUUUUUGCAUCGAGCUUUCAGUGUCUUCUUAUUUAACACUGAAAAUAAGCUACUGCUACAGCAAAGAUCAGAUGCUAAAAUUACCUUUCCAGGUUGUUUUACCAACAGUUGUUGUAGUCAUCCAUUAAGUAACCCAGGCGAACUUGAAGAAAACAAUGCCAUUGGUGUGAGACGAGCAGCCCAGAGGCGUCUAAAAGCUGAAUUAGGAAUUCCCUUAGAAGAGGUUCGUCCAGAAGAAAUUAAUUAUCUAACACGAAUUCACUACAAGGCACAAUCGGAUGGUAUCUGGGGUGAACAUGAAAUCGAUUACAUUCUGUUUUUGAGGAAGAAUGUAACUUUGAAUCCAGAUCCCAAUGAGAUUAAAAGCUACUGUUAUGUAUCAAAGGAAGAACUAGAGGAACUUAUGAAGAAAGCAGCCAGUGGUGAAAUUAAGAUAACACCAUGGUUUAAAAUUAUUGUAGAGACUUUUCUCUUUAAAUGGUGGGAUAACUUAAAUCACUUGAACCAGUUUGUUGACCAUGAGAAAAUAUAUAGAAUGUGAAUAUGUAGAUAAAUGAUGAUGGAAAAUUUUCCUUACCUAGUAAA